AUGCUUGCUGUGUCACUUCCUGCUGGCCAUGGCUUCAUAGUCUGUGUUGCAGCUCUCCAUGUCCUGUCUUACAGCCUGUACAGUGUUCAGAGAGCAUUGAGCAGCAGUCACGAUGUCUGCAUUUUGAUACCUGGAAUAGUACUUCGGAUUUGGUGUAAUACUUAUUUACAAAUAAGACCUAUUGUUUUUAUUGCUUAUUUAUAUUUCUCUUUUCUUUUUCUUUUUUCAGAAUUCCCAUUCUCAGAAACCUCAGAAGAUUCUGGUCAUGAACCCUUAGCAGUGCCACCACUAACUACUGCUGCAGCAGCAGCAGGACCAUUUCCUUCUCUGGAAGAAGAUUCCGAAGAGAUCAAUGAUGACAUCACAGAGAAACAACGCCAUCAAUUGAAGCACAGAGAACUCUUCUUGUCAAGACAAGUCGAGACUUUACCAGCAACACAUAUUCGAGGAAAAUGUGUUGUCACACUUUUAAAUGAAACAGAAUCAUUAUUAUCAUAUUUGAACAAAGAGGAUACAUUUUUUUAUUCAUUAGUAUAUGAUCCACAACAGAAAACAUUGUUGGCAGACAAAGGUGAAAUUCGAGUUGGUUCAAAAUAUCAAGCAGAAAUUACUCCUUUACUUAAAGAAGGUGAAAAAGAUGGAAGAAGCUUGGAUGAACUUGAGCAGUUAAUUUGGCUGCCUGGCCCUGAUAACACCUUAACACCAAAAGAAAUUGAUCAGUUUUUGAUAUUAGCCAGGUCUGUUGGUACAUUUGCUCGAGCUUUGGAUUGUACCAGUACUGUGAGGCAGCCAAGUCUUCAUAUGAGUGCAGCAGCAGCUUCAAGAGAUGUCACAUUGUUUCAUGCCAUGGAUACUUUACAUAGAAGUGGCUAUGACAUAGCUAAAGCUGUUACGAGUUUGGUACCACAAGGUGGUCCUGUACUGUGUCGGGAUGAAAUGGAAGAAUGGUCUGCAUCUGAAGCUAAUCUAUUUGAAGAAGCACUAGAUAAAUAUGGCAAAGACUUCAAUGAUAUAAGGCAAGAUUUUCUGCCUUGGAAGUCAUUAAAAAGUAUCAUUGAAUAUUAUUAUAUGUGGAAAACAACAGACAGAUAUGUACAGCAAAAAAGAAUAAAAGCUGCUGAAGCUGAAAGUAAGCUAAAGCAGGUUUACAUUCCCAACUACAACAAACCCAAUCCAGCAGCCAUUAGUGGGAAAGUGAAUGGUGUCGAUGGUCAAGUUUCUGGACGAGCUUGUGAAAGCUGUUAUGCUGCCAAUUCCAGUCAGUGGUAUUCAUGGGGACCUGCACAUAUGCAGUGCCGUCUCUGUUCCUCUUGUUGGAUUUACUGGAAAAAGUAUGGUGGUCUUAAAAUGCCUACUAGGUUAGAUCACAGGAUUGAAAAAUCAGAGGCUGACAGGAUAGAUCCUAUGAGAGAGAGAUUAGCUCAUCUAAAUGCUAUGCGAAUGCACAGGUGUACAAUAGCAGGAUGUGGUAAGGAAUUCAAACUAAAACCUCAUCUUGCUAGACAUCUUGCAACAGCCCAUGGUCUCGCCAUUCGUGCAGGCAGUCCUCGGCCAAUGAUGAAAACUCGAGCAGCAUUCUGUCUUAUUACCACACCUCUAACAAGAAUCUCUAGGAGAUUAUGCAAAGAUAUACUUCGACCAAGACAUGCAGCUCGGUGUCCUUUUGUUCCCAUUAAUAUUGCAGCGAUAAAGCAAGAAUCUGCCGGAUUACCAAUAUUUCAAGAUGGUUCUCAAGGACACCUCAUUGAUGCAUUGACAGCUUCCACUGAAAAACGCACUGACAAUAAUGGUCAGUUGCGGUUAACAGAAGGUGGCAGCAACCGACUAUCUAUGAACAUCAAAGCAAAAACCCCUGCAACUUUAGAGUCCAUUGUCUCUCGUCUUGGAAUAGAUAUAAAAAUGGAAAAACCUUCUAUGUUCUGCAGACCAGAAGGUGAUCAAAGAAAGCAACCACAGAGGUUAUCUUUCCCACCAGUCUCUUCACCUAUGACACGCUUACCAGAACCGAAGAUGGAACCUAUAGUCCCGCGAGUCUCAACAAGUCAGCCUUCCAUUAUGAAGAAGAGAGGAUAUGAACAAAGCAAUGGUUUGGAUGGUCCUCCUGCUAAACGACAGGGCCUCGGAGUAAUUCGGCAAGCAGGAAGUGUUCUUAGAACACCAGCUACAAUGCGAGGAUCAGUCAUAAACCGCAACAAUAUGAACGGCCGAAGCAAAACCUCUGGAAUAAGGCCUAUGAAAAUGCACAUGAUCAGCUGGAUUGAUGCUCCAGAUGAUGUUUACUUUUUGGCCACGGAUGCAACUAGAAAACUGCGAAGACAGCUCUUGCCACAGGACUUCAAACGUGCUGCCAGGAAUCCCUGGCGUGUACUGCCAGCCAAAUCAGGACCACAUCAUAGUGAGGGCCAGGAUGCAAUAGUUAUCUUGGACUGAACCAUUACAAUAAUUCUUCAACUACCAUCUGUAUUUGAGGUACUUCUCUGCUGCUGCUGCUGCCGCCGCUACACCUGCCAGUCUUGUUGCCGUGGGCGGGCAUAUUGUUAGCCGCGUUGAGACAGCAGCAUUGGCCAGAUACUGUUGCCAACCAGUGUCAUUUCUGGCUACUUCUCUUCCUUCUCCUCCUCCUACACCAACUUACAGGUGUUUCAGAGGAACUGGCGUCAUGUUGGAAGGAGUUAACAAGCUAGUUAACCAGGAAACCAGCCAAAUUAUUGCUAACAGAUCAUUUUAAGAAACUCAUCAAACUCUACAAAACUGUUACAGUGUUAUCACUUGAGCAUUGGCAUCAUAUGCUGUAUUAGCUCUCUCUGAGAGAACAUCUCUCUGACCAAAUCAACUCCAAGACUGCUGUCGCAUGAACGGUGGCACUGUUUGAAGGUCCUUCUAUUACUAAUGCUACUACUAUUACUACCACCAUCACCACUAUUAUAACUAUCACUACCACAACAACUACUACUAUGACUUCUACUAUAACUACAUCUUCAUUAUCAUCAGUUUGAGGGAAUUAAAAAAUGUUUGUAAACCCUAAAAAUGAUGGACUUGUGCUUCAUGGAUGACUUUGGUUAAUUGAGCUGCCUUCUCCGCUACUAAGCCUUCCGUUGGCCACGGUAUAGUUCUUGUAUGAGUAGCUUGAUUAGUCUUCUUGGCCAGAGACAACAUCAUCUUGAUGUAUUUGAUGUAUGCAUGGUUUGUGUGAAAGUGUGCAUGUGCAAUGCAACCAGUCGGGAUCCAACGACACAGGAAAGCCCAGCCAGGCCCUUGUGUACUUUUAGGUUAUCAUCAACUGUAUAGAGCUGGUCGGUUUCAACAAUAUUUGUCUAUAUAAUUUACAUUAUAAAUUUGUCUUUUGUAUUGUAGAAGUCCAGUAGCAUUUUCUAUGAAAUGAACAAUAACAAAACAAAAAAAAAAAAACAGGAAAAAAUCUUUGAAAAAAAAAAAGAGGAUAAAAAAAAACUGAAAAAAAAGUUCCCACAAAACCUAGUGCCCCUCUCCCUACUUUCCUACUGUCUCAUUAGGAAGUUGGUUACAAACAAACAAAAGGAUAAGAGCAGUUGCUAGAAGGUCUUGACAAGGAAACUGUAUAAAAACAGAAAACAGUCGGAAAAGAAGGAAUGGUUGGCAACAACAAUUUCUCCAUAAUCCUCGGUGUUGGUGGUGAAUGAUAAGUUAUCGGCGCUGCUGUUUUAUUGGUUGAUUUUCUGCUAAUUAAUACAACAGUUCCCACACAAGUCUAGUUGGUUGCACUGAGUGAACUUGUACGCCAGUACUUCAACUAGAUUAACCUGGAGACCACUUCACUUUGGAUUACUCAUUUUUCAUGUCAUCCACUAAUCAAUGAAGGAUAUUUUUUUGUUUUUGUUUCCCCCUGUCCCUAUAAUUCUUUUUCUCUCCCUCUUGCUAUCUGCCCCCUCCUCCCUUUUUUUUUUUGUUGUUGUUUCACCAGAUUAUUGGUUGGAUCGAUUAUAUAAAUCCUUUAAGUUAGCUAUAUAUUUCUGCUGUAAUUACAAAUAUAUUUUAUUCGUUUGCACCCUGCAAGCUUUUGAAGAUAGCACUUCAAGUUUGCCUUAAUUUACUCUGCUCCUCCAACCCAUUCAAAAAUAUUGACAACAGUAAAUUAUACUAAAGUUAAAACAACUCUAAGUUAGACAUAGAUGUUACUUUGUUGGUUUAGUUCUUUGAUUCAUUUUUGUUUUUAAUUUAUCCCAUCCUCCUCCAAAUUAUCAAACAUCUCUUCAUAUAAGAGAACUCUAAUUCUCACUGCCUUGGACAGACUCAUUAAAAAUGGGCUAAGAUUGGUGCUGCAGCCACAUUAACUCAAUUUCAAUCUCUAUUACAACUACAAUACUGCAAAGGAGCAUACUGUCGCUUAAUAUAAACUCUUACAACAAUUUUCAUUUCUAUUUUUACAUUUCAAUAUCUGCAAUAUGUUCCUGUGAAUUAUAUUUGACAGACAGCUGGUUUUUCUCUAUCACUGAUUCAGUUUUUGCAUUUAACAAUUUCCCUAUUUUUAUACACCACAGAUGAAGCGAUAAAUUGUUUAAAUGUCUUUUCUUCCAACACUGAAGAACUUCAGUAAAAAUCUUCCUGUUCUCCUCCUUUAGGAAUCGGUGAACUGAAGAAGCCCCUAUUUCCAUAUUGUAGCAGUGUUCCUUACUUCCAUUCUUUUAGCAUUACUGACAGCACACUAUUUAUUUCUACUCAAUCUACACACAAUAUACACACACACAUACACACAUACACAUAUAUAUAUAGAUAUAUCUAUAUAUAUGUGUGUGUAUCUAUCUAUCUAUAUAGAUAGAUGUGUAUGUGUGCGUAUAAUGUGUAAACACAUACAUACACUUACAUAAUUUGAACUAUUUGCAUGUGAUUGCAGUCAAUAUACAAACCUGACCUGUACAAUUAAAAACAUUUGUCUGGUUUUUGUUAAUAUAUUUAGAAGUUGAGUCAAGGUGGAGUUGUGGCAAUAAUACUUAUCCUAUAUUUAUGCUGUUGUGGUUUCUUAAGCCAAGUGUUUCUACCAUUCUCAUUAAAUGGUCGGAUAUACCACUACUCAGUAAUGACUUUAUUAAAGAUACAAAAAUAACAUUGCCAUUGAAAACAAAGCUGGGUAAAAUUUCAUUAUUAUCUCUCUUUGUUUUUUUUUGUUUGUUUUUUUUUUAAAAACUUUUUUCAAUUCUCUUCUCAUGUCUUUUUAAAUAGCUGUGUCUAUUUAUUUUAACAUGUCAAUGUUGAUGUUUACUCCCUCAUCUACAAUCCACAGAUAAAAUUCUCUUAACAUUUGAUUUUAGUUUUUUUUUUUUUUUUUUUUUUUUAUAUCUUCUAUUUUGUCACCAUUGAAAGGCUUACGUUCAUUAAACCACAGCAGCAACUUGAGAGAUUAGAGCUAGUUGUGCCUGCUAGAAUGUUGAAACAACUUGCUCUAGCACUAUUGUUAUUUCUACUAUAUUCUCAUCCAUCUUUAACUUCAGAGUUGCCUACCAUUCACAUAGCUUCCAUAUUUGGAUGUGCUCAUUUUCUGACUGCUAUAAUAAUAUAAUAAAAUCAUAUGAGAAUUCAACUUUCAUGAUUAUUGCAUUGUCUCUUAAUACAUUUUCAUCAAGGUAUUUAAUUUUUUUUUUCUUGUUAUAUUUCCACUUGAAUAUCAACUUCGCUUUGAAAUUGAAAUAUUCUGCAAAUUAAAAAAAAAAUACCUCCAAUUUUAAACAGUUUCAUGACAAAAACCUCAUUUUUCCUCCAAUUGACUUACUAUCUCUAUUCUAAGCUUCACCUAUCUAUCUCAACUCCUUGUCGCUCUGAUAACUAUGAUAUCCGGUGUGACGGGGUGUUGUCAAUCAAAUGAUGCUGGUCCUGUUGAAUGUAUGGCUAGACUUGGCAGAACCUGUCAGCUUUCAUUUGUUGUCUUUAUUUUUUUUGUUUUGUUUUGUGCGUAUAUUUACUUCUCGCUGUGUGCAAUGUUAUUCCCAUUAUCAGUUAUUCUACUGUAUAUAUAGCUUGGUGGGAAGAUUGGCUAGAUUGUCUUGUUUUGGAACUGUGUUCUAAAUCAAAUGAAAGUGUAUGUGAUAAAAUACUAUAGGUGCCAAAGAGAAUGAAUAUAUUGUUGGCUACAGCUUGCCCCUUUGUAUUUUUAAUAGUUGGAAACCCAAUUGGGUUCGGGUUUUAAUCUUUCUUAGUGUAGCUGCAAGCUAGGAAUUACUGGAGCUGUAUAUGUCAUCAGAUAACUAUAACAUUUUCAAUAAUGAUACAGAAACUUCAAUAAUGCUGCAUGAAUGUUUGAACCACAAAUAAUAGUCUCUCAAAGAUAGUUCUAACAACAGGAAGCCGUUUUUUUUUUAUGUUAAUUUUAAACUUUACUAAGAUAAGAUGUAUUUAAAAAUAUGAAUUUAUUUCACUUGGCUGUCAAACUAGGAAUACCAUAAUGUGGCUCUUUAAUUAUUUUUCUUUCAAUUCGUGCUAGAUUUUAUUGGACAUGUUGAGUUCUCAUUUUAAAAGGUGACAUAACCAAGUGCCUUUGAUGUUCAUUGACCAGCUUUGCUAGAAUGUCUGUUAACCAAUCUUAAAAUUCAUACGACAUCUCAAGAAUAAGCAGCACUGGUGAUUCUAAAACUGUAUGAAUGCAGCAGGAUAGCUGCAGUUGCACUUAUUGCCAUUUUUGUUGAAAAUCUGGAACAUGUAGUUUUGUGAAGUUCUCAUUAUCAUUAGCCCAUAUUAUGUGAGUGUGUGUGCGUGUGGUAUUUUGGCCAUGGUUCAUAUGAGAAAUAUAUCUUAGCCUCAGUGAAAGAGCGAUGCCAGUCAUUAAUAUUUCACAAGCUGUGUGCCUUGGUCUGUGAAAAUUGCAACCCACCUAGCAAUGGGCUUACCACACUGUUUCAUUUCACUGUAAGUAUCUCUUUUUCCAUCCAUCUCUUUUCUCCCCUUCUCUCGACCCCCUCCAGUGGCCAUGGCACUCUUAUCACCCAACCAGUUUAAUAGGUGAAUUUCCAAUUUUGGAGAUAAUUGCUUCAAACUAAACAUUUUCAUUUUGUAUGUCCUGUAUAGAUAAUAAAACAUUUAUUCACAA